AUGGAUGGUACAUUAAAAGAAUGGAAUCGUUUAGUGGAGAAGUUUCACCGUGUUCCUAAGCUUGUCUUAUCGGUCAUCGGUGACUCGGACAGUUUUGUUCCUAGGGCCUGGCCUAAAUCAGUUUUUCAGACUGCGCUUAUAGAGACCCACAAAAGCAGUGGGGGAGACACAUGGAUACUAUACGGAAAUAAGAAUGUGGGUGUAUCAAAAGUUGUUCGAGACGCAGCAGACGUUUACACCAUAAUGGAAAAGUCACAGAGAAACGAUGAAAUAAUACUAAUUGGAACAUCACCCGAUUCUACUGCUGACAAUGUCAAUGGAGAAAAAGGAAAAAACAGUCAAAGCAGUGAUGUCCUAAAUUUAACAAGCGUUCUGCAGCUAGAAGAAUUUAUUCAGAAUGAAAGUUCAAUUACAAAGGAACAUAUACCGGGAUUUGCCAUGCAUGUACCGAUUGUGAUAAUCCUAGUUGAGGGUGGUCUGGAUGACAUCAAACAUGUUGCUGAAGCUGUGCAUAGUAAGGUUCCUGUCAUUGUAAUCAAAGGUUCGGGUAAAGCUGCAGACAUCACUCUGGACUACCUCGAAGACGAAAGAAAUCUUAGGAGCCAGGCAGCACUUCUAUUCGGACUCAAGUUUGAUGACAGCCAUUUCGAGGAUUUGAGAAAGAACCUCGUUAAACUUAAAGAAAGACGAUGGAUGGUUAGCAAGUUCGACACAGAAAAUGAUGAUCCUUUGAUGUUGGCAAAGCUUGUCGGCGAGGCGGUGGUAAGAGGUUGGGCACUGGAAGAAGUACAUGUGAUAGAAGUAAACCUCUCUUCGUAUCCAAGGAGAGCAGCUAUAUACGACCAAGACCAGGCAGACAAAGUCACCAGACCUGUAAUUUCAUUAAGUAUUGAAGCUACCGGAGACAAGACUAAGACAAUUGACAGAAUACUUGAAUCUUUUCGUACAGAGGGCUACGUCGUGGAUUCUAAAUUUACCUCUCCACCCUCACUUCCGCUUUAUUUCUACGUUGGAUAUCAAGUGCUGCAGGAACAUCAUCUGCUGAUGGAAUGCGGCCCUACUAUACUUUGUACCAACCAUCCUAAAGCAAUCGAGGAAUGUGAUUGUUUGGGAAUGAUGUGGCUGAUGAAGUCAAUAAACAGAAAGAAAACUGACAAAUGCUUUAACAAGAAGAAGGUGAAGAAGGCAAUUAAGGCUCCAAAGACCAUUUGCAGAGAACUACUCGAUUACAAGAUGACUGGUUUGGUUUGCUACGAAGCAUUACGGAAAUUGUCGGAGGAAGCCAGUGACGUAAAGGAGCAAAAUUUUUCAAAGACAUUGCUGGAUCAUGCUCAACUGUUUUACACCAGAACUUUAGCGCUUCUUGACUGCAUGUAUGAAACCGAUUCCAGUAAGACGUUAGACCUUCUUGACGACUCUGUUGACAUCUGGGGAAUAAAAAGUAAUCCACUGACUUUUGCAUAUGAAAAUUUCAUGUACGAGUUCGUGGCCAAACCUGCCAGUCAGAAACACCUGAACAAAACUUGGUACAGAGGUCAAGCGCCACAUUUUAUCCCUUGUAUAAAGGUUCUGUUUUUGACAAUGCUGGUCAGCUAUAGUGCCUUUGUGUCUACCAGUAUUAGUACUAGAUAUUAUACAAGGGUCCUAGCAAGAGCAUUUGAGUAUUACGUGUACUUCUGGGGAUUCGGUGAUCUGUUGGAGGAACUGUUCACCUGCUUUGGAAUUUUCCACGACACUGGUAUUGACGGAAAAUCCUAUCGCAGUAAUUGGACGAUAUUUUGGAGAUACUUAAACAAUUUUUGGAAUAUAGUAGAUCUUCUGUCUUAUGCACUGUUGAUUACGGCUCUGUUUGUACGACACAUGCAUCCUUCUGAAACGUUUACAGUGGCUCGUAGGAUGUUUUCUUUGUCGUUACUUAUUAUGUAUCUACGCUUUCUGGAAGCAUUUUUGAUGGUUAGGACAUUGGGUCCUACGCUUAUUAUGAUCAAGGAAAUGCUCAAGGACCUUUUUGCAUUCAUCAUUCUGCUCGCCGUGGUGAUCUUUGGUGUUGGUUUCUACUACCACGCUAAUCUAUGGCCAGAUCAUGUAUUUUUCUGGGAAGGAAGAUGGACAGACUGGAGAAUCUGGAAAGUUAUUUAUUAUCCUUAUUGGCAGCUCUACGGAGAAACAUUCAACGACUUCCUGCAAGGACCCUGUGCAGAUGAAUGUACAGCAAAUGAGACCAUUUGGUCGGAUGCCUCGGAAGACAGGUGUCCUCGGGAAGAUUGGACAGUAGGAGCCGUGUCAGCUCUCUACAUGCUCUUCUCCAAUCUCUUGCUUGUUAACCUGGUUAUUGCUAUGUUCAGUUCUACAUAUGAGAGAGUAACAGCUAAUGCUGAGAACCUUUGGCGAUUUGAACGUUACACCGUGAUCAUGAAUUACAAAUAUCGAGUUCCUUCACCAGUUAAUCUAGUAUGGACAUUCUACAGAAUAUAUCGGGUUAUCACCUUUUGUACCUGUGGCAAAGCGUUUCGUUCUUGUUGUUGUGGAUGCUGUAAGGAAGACGAAGAUGAGAAAACAAAAGAGGAAAUCCGGAAAAAAUUCCAACGUAUAAUGGCGCACAGGAGGAAACGGUUUCAAAAGCUGCAGUUGCCUCAGUAA